CCACGUCUAGGCUACAAUCUCGCUUCCGGCGCCAAACAGCCAAGAGCGCAGCCGCCCGCCUUUGAGGAUUGCAUCUCCGAACUGAACCCAACUCAACUCGACCGAUCCGGACCUCUCCUCAUCCUACCCAUCUUCCACCACCCGUCCAUUACCGCCUUUUUCUCCAAUUGCUUCGUGCCGCAUCUCCGGCGUGUCUCUCAACUUUUGCUUCGAGCCUUUUUUUCUCCGGUUUUCACGUUUCGUCCGUCGUCGCAAGCUCCUUUUCCAAAGGGGUGCGCUGGAUGCGGCUGCAUUGACCACCUUCCUGCCUCCUAACUAGUCUUUCCUCGUCUGGUCGGGCGCAGACCCUCACAACCGCUAUACACAAUGUACAACACACAUCGCGGGAUGGUUCCUGCCCCCAACUCCCGCUUGAAUGAAUUGCUGGAUCAGUUGCGCCAGGAGUUCGAGAACCAGUCGAGGAGUACUGGCGAGUUUGAACACCAGUUAACCGGACAGCUCCAGGAAAUGGAGAUGAUUCGACAAAAAGUCUACCAGCUUGAGCAAGCGCAGAUCAAGAUGAAACAAGAUUAUGAAGCCGAAAUCCGGAUGUUGCGACACGAGCUCGAAUCGCGUGGCGUCCAACCCGUUGCCUCUCAUGUUGGCGGCCCUGCACAGCAUUCCGGCCCUUCUCAGGCUCCCCCGCCUGCAUUGGGCCACGGGCCAAGCAAUCUGUUUGGUGGUAUCAUGGCCAAUCAAGGAGGUAGUGGCCCCGGUCUUGCCCCUCCCCCUCCCCAGGAUCAGCAGCCUUCCCAGCAUAGCCUUCAACAGCCUGCCGCCGCGGCUCAGCCUGGAGCACCGCAACCACCGCAGAGCUCUUUUGGAGGAUAUCAGCCUGGCGCUGCUGUGAACGGAUAUGGACCUCCUCCUCCUCCUUCCGCCGCAUCUCCUGGACCUGGGAAACGUCCUCGGGCUCCUCCUGCCCCCGCCACCCCUCAGCAGGCUCAUCAGUUAGCUUACCCAGACUCGCGCGUUUCUGAACUUGCCAGGCCUACACCCACAAGCCAAGCGGCUAUACGCGAUCGUCCUGGCAAUAUGUUGGCCAACUGGAACCCUGAUGAUUUGCCUUCUUCACAGAAGAAAGAAGGUGCUGAUUGGUAUGCUGUCUUCAACCCAGAGGUGCAACGGGUGCUCGAUAUCGACCUUGUCCAUCAUCUGGUUCACGACAGUGUUGUCUGCUGCGUGCGCUUCAGUCGCGAUGGUAAAUACCUGGCAACCGGCUGCAAUCGUUCUGCCCAGAUCUUCGACGUAAACACUGGUCAAAACGUCGCGACUCUGCAGGAUGAGAAUGUCGAUAAGAACGGCGAUCUCUAUAUCCGCAGUGUUUGCUUCAGCCCCGAUGGCAAAUACCUAGCCACUGGUGCUGAGGACAAGCAGAUCCGAGUUUGGGACAUUAGUUCUCGGAGCAUCAAGCACAUUUUCACUGGCCACGAGCAGGAUAUCUACUCCCUCGACUUUGCAGGCAACGGCCGGUACAUUGCCUCUGGCAGCGGGGACAAGACCGUCCGCCUCUGGGAUAUCAUUGAAAACAAGCUUGUCUACACCCUCAGCAUCGAAGAUGGUGUCACCACCGUGGCUAUGUCUCCAGAUGGCCUUUAUGUCGCCGCCGGCUCUCUGGAUAAGAGUGUCCGAGUCUGGGACACCACUUCCGGAUAUCUUGUCGAGCGUCUCGAGAAUCCUGACGGCCACAAAGACAGUGUGUACUCUGUUGCUUUUGCGCCCAACGGAAAGGACCUUGUCAGUGGCAGUCUUGAUAAGACCAUCAAGCUUUGGGAGCUCAACCUGCCUCGCUCUUACGGCGGCGGUAGCAAGAGCGGCAAGUGCGUGCGGACUUUCGAAGGCCACAAGGACUUUGUGCUCAGCGUCUGCCUCACUCCCGAUGGCCACUGGGUUAUGAGCGGCUCCAAGGACCGAGGCGUCCAGUUCUGGGACCCCAUCACUGGAAAUGCACAGAUGAUGCUCCAGGGACAUAAAAAUUCAGUCAUCUCAGUGGCCCCCAGCCCGACAGGCAACCUUUUCGCCACCGGCAGCGGUGACAUGCGUGCACGAAUCUGGAGAUAUUCCCCUUACACUGGACGGUGAUGAUUGGAUUUGGGAAAGCUUCGGCGUCAACGUGAUUUCGAUUUUACUGUGGUUCCUUAAUCUUUCGUUUCUCUAUUAUCCUUUUUGCGUACGUAUUCCACAUUCUCGUCGUCAGUACUUGCCAAUAUAUGAGUUGGGCGAAAAAUGGCAGAGUUAUCAUUGUCCUGUCUUGUCUACACAUUUACUAGUUCUUAUCUCAACUUCCUAACAAUGUGUGGAUUUUGUUUUCGAGCUGUGCGGUAUUGUUUAUGAUAACACUGAAGGCAAGCGAUCACGGGAAUCCUCGAAUGAAAAACAGGGAGACGGCCUGUAUAUGGUUGGGCUGCGUCAUUACUGUUUCUAGUUGGAAGCCGAAUGAAGAUCAAAUAUUUUCCUCUCUAUCAUGACAUACUCGUUGC